CUUGAAAUCCUGAGUUAAAUAAAGGGGUUUUCUGAGAGUGUUGAACCUCGAAUAUGUCAGUCUUUUUCAGGCGACAAAAGAAUGCCUUCGGAGGCAUUCCCUUGACUGCGUUUUUGUUCAUCUUGUUCGCAUUGGCUUUGUUGGCGUAUGCACCAUCAGGAGUCGAGGGUGCCAUCAGAGCUAGACGACCUGGAGGAAUCAAGAUUUUCGAGUCCGAUGAGAACAUCCACCCCGCUUUUGAUAACGCGAUGAGUGACGACGAUGACGACGAAGCUGAUGAUGGCGAAGACUCCAGCGAAAACGAG